AGUCCCGUCACACAAUGUUCGUACUCCACGGGCGCUUCGACCUUCCCAGCAACUCCCGAGUCCUCAACUGCUAACUCACCAGCAAACUCGACCGAACUCCGAGUCGACACUCCCCAUCCGGGUUCAUUUCUCGACGUAACGCCGACACGAUGUUAUCAAUUGUUACAAACAUGACCGACCCAAUCUAACAGAACAAUGCUUCUUAAUAAACGAACGAGGGUCCUCUGCCCGCGCAGUGGCGUGGUCUCCGCGUUCUGCGCCACCCAACACUCGACCUCGAUACCGGCAACAUUCCGGCCACAGGGUCCCUCAACCGCCACGCCCAGCUCGAGCUACCCGCGGCAACGGCAGUCAUACGCAUCCGUGCAUGGUGGACAGCAGGGCGACAAGCACAAUAGUGGCGAUCAGUUGAAAUGGCCAACGUCUGCGAAUCCCACCCCCUACGAGGUACUCGGGCUUCCACGGGAUUGUUCCUACACCAAAGCCCGGUAUUUCCGGCUUGCGAAGCUUUACCAUCCCGACCGUCAGCACCAUGCUCCGGACGACGGUAUUUCACAUCUGACGAAACUCGAACGAUACCGCCUCGUCGUAGCCGCCAACGAAAUCCUCAGCAACCCACAAAAGAAGCGGAUGUACGAUCUUUACGGCUUUGGUUGGGCAAAUCAGACAGACUCACAAACCCAGCAUCGGGAAGCGGACCGCAAGUGGAGGCACGAGCCCGGUAACCCCAGCAUGAACGCAACGUGGGAGGACUGGGAAGAGUGGCACCAGCAGCGGAACGGGGGCGGCGAGAAACAGGAAGAAGUGUUUACCUCAAACCUCGGCUUCAUGACCAUCAUUUCAGUUUUCCUGAUUAUCGGCACGUGGAGCCAUAUGACAAGGGCUGGCACAAAUUCGGUCAGAUUACUCGACAUGCAGGACCAGAAGCACGCCGCCAUCAGCCAGGAGCUGCGGGAGCGACGAAACCAAAGAGUUCGGCUGGACCGAGAGGGCAGGGUUGAGAGUUUCCUGCGGCAACGAGAGUUUGAGAAAUGGGGAUAUGAUCCGCCUGGGCAUGGCCUGCCAACCCCAGGGGACAGCAACACGCCGGACUGAGGUUAGUAAUUGGCCAGUCCGGCGACACAGCGAUAUCGUCCGCAAUUCGAACCACAAAUUCCACGAUGAAGGCUGCUACGGUCCACCGUUCGACACCCACAGGCUCGCGCCAUAAACCACCAUUGCGUGGCAAUCGCGACAACAACAUCAAGCCCUUCCCGAGCACCCAAAAAGUUCAAAGUUGCCGGGCAUGUGUCACCUCAUCCAUCUCAAGAUGGGGCACAUAGAACGGGGGCCAAGAACCAGAAAGGGACGGGGUGCCACUAGUUGACAAUCU